AUGUUUAAACGCAGCAGGAAUUACGUUCCUCAGCGGUUCAUCGGAUCAUUGCUUGGCGGGUCAAAACUCUCGGUUUACGUCAGACUGCGCAAUAAUGAAGAAGCACUGAAAGCGGGUACUAAUUACUCAUCUCCUGGAAAUCAACCAUGGGAAGAACUUCUGCGGGAUUUGAUAGCAGCACAUGUUCAUCUCCAUGAGACUGGCCAUCGUGGACUUACACUUCUACAGAGAAUUUUGAGUAACUCCGUGCUCGAUCUGGGAAUAAACAACAAAGGACGGCAGAUAUUUGACUGGAUUAAGAUCUUGCGGUCCUCUGGUAUUGAUCUGGAACAAUAUGGAAACAAAGAAGAACCUAUUUUCAAGGUGCAAAAGCGAAGCAAUUUUAGGUCAUUGAUUUUUGAGAGUCACAUAAAUCGAGUCGAUGCCUGGAAUUUUGGGGGCUCUGAGAAGUCAGUAAUCACUUAUGAGGUAGGAUUGUCAAGUUCAGUCGGAUUUAAAUACGGCUCUCGUGUUGAGGAUUGA